ACAUAAAGUGUUUAAUAGCAUUAAAGUUAACUUUGGUUAAACCUUUCUAAAAAUAUUAUUUUAUAAAAAAUCUUAUAUAUUUCAAAGAAAGUAGAGCUAGAGAAAAUCAUGGCACCACAGAGUAGCUUCUCCAUAGAAGACAGUGACAUCAAACGAACUGGAACAUGGCUAACUGCGAGCGCACACAUAGUGACGACUGCGAUAGGAUCUGGAGUGCUGUCAUUGGCAUGGGCUGUUGCUCAAUUGGGAUGGAUUGGAGGGACUGCUGCUCUCAUAAUAUUCUCACUCAUCACUCUCCUCACUUCCAUUCUCAUGGCUGAUUGUUAUAGGUAUCCUGAUAGCAAUAGAAACUCUACCUACAUGAAGAUGGUCAAAAAUAUUCUAGGAGGAGUUAAAUACAAGUAUUGUGGAUUGGCUCAGUACACAAAUAUUCUUGGCUGUACAAUUGGUUACACUCUCACAGCAGCCAUAAGCAUGGUGGCAAUGAAAAAAUCAAGUUGCUUUCAUAAGUUUGGCCACCAAGCACACUGUGAUGUAUCCAGUAAUCAAUUCAUGGCCAUCUUUGGAGUUUCACAGAUUUUUCUAAGCCAAAUCCCAAAUUUCCAUGACCUUUCAUGGCUCUCUAUUCUUGCUGCAAUCAUGUCUUUUGGCUAUUCUUUCAUAGGCAUUGGACUCUCCAUAGCCCAAGUUGCAGAAAAAGGACACCAUAUCGAAACAGGCCUUACAGGAGCGAAAGUCGCAGUGACAAAGAAGGUGUGGAAUACCUUUCAAGCAAUUGCAAACAUAGCCUUUGCAUACACUUUCAGCAAUGUCAUUGCUGAGAUAGAGGACACAUUAAAACCAAGUCCACCAGAAAAUCAAACCAUGAAAAUAGCAUCCAUUAUUGGAAUCGCAAGCAGUACAAUCCUUUAUGGGUCAUGUGGUCUUAUAGGUUAUGCGGCAUUCGGGAACAGCGCUCCAGGAAACUUUUUAACUGGAUUUGGUUUUUACGAACCGUUUUGGUUAAUCGACAUUGGUAAUCUUUUCAUCAUUAUUCAUCUAGUCGGAGCUUACCAGGUUUUCGCACAACCUAUAUUUUCGAUUGUGGAAAGUUCGGUCGGUAGGCGUUGGCCGGAGAGUAAAUUCUUGACAAGAGAAUAUAAUGUAAGAAUUCCUUUGGUUGGUACAUGGAGAAUGAAUGUGUUCAGGGUGAUAUGGAGGUCAACAUAUGUGGUAUUCACAACAUUGGUUGCUAUGAUAUUGCCAUUCUUCAACAACAUUGUGGGUUUGAUAGGAGCUCUAUCGUUCUUUCCCUUGACUGUGUACUUUCCAAUAGAGAUGCACAUAACACGAGUUAAAGUGCCAAAGUAUUCUCUUAAAUGGAUUGGCUUGAAACUCAUAAUUGGACUAUGCUUGAUUGUUGCUCUCAUGGGGGUUAUUGCAUCAAUUCAAGGAAUCAUCUCAGAGCUUACUAAAUAACUAAGUUCAUCGAAGUUCUAAAUCAGUUAUAAGAGUAUCACAUUGUAAGAAACUUUGUUGAAAACAGUUAUAAGAUUAUUAUUAAUAAAAAUGUCCACUUAACUCUUA